AUGUCACGCCAGGGGCAGAAUCAGAACCCGGAGGAGGUGAUUAAGGAUAUCAGGGGUAAGAUGGAAAUUGAGCAGAAGAUCAUCCAAGGAUAUCAAGACGUCAAGAGAAAUUCAACAAAUGCCGAGGUGGUUCAGAAAUGUAAAUCCAAGAUUGUUGAAUCACAAACAUUGAUUGAUUAUUACCAAGAAUCCAUCAACAAACUUUCACGACAAAUGCAAAGGAUGAAUAUGAACAGUUCGGAUGAUAGGAGCUCCACAAUCUCGGAAUACAAGCCGUCGUACUCGAGGUUGGACUUGAUCAAAUAUGAGUGUCCAUCGUUGGGCCAUAAAAUUCAACACAUGAUCCAGCAGUUACAAUUCAAGCUUCAAGUGGAGAAUCAAUACGCCGAGGCAAACAAAAAAAUAUCGCAUCUUUAUCUUAUGGAUGGUGAUAGAUCUUCAAGUAAUGCGGCUGAAGGUGGACGUGCCGAGAGCGAUCAAAGAAUACAGCUUUUGGAAAAAGCACUAAAGAAAUAUCAGAAUUUCAACAUCAAUUCCGAGGACUUUAAUAGGGAUUAUGAGAUUAUGGAUACACCAAAACAUUCAAGAAAACCAUUGAGUGGUAAAUUGACGAUCGUGGUCACGUGCGUCAGAGAUGUGGAUCAUAUGGCUACAGCCGCAUUUAAGAAAAGAGAUACAAUAGUGACUAUCAAAAUUGAUGACGUUGAGAGGGCCAAAACAAAACCAUCCAAAAAUGACAACUGGUCAGAAGAACUCGUCAUCAAUGUGGAAAAGGGCCAUGAAAUUGAAUUAACGGUAAUGGAUAAACUGGGGGGAACAUAUGUUCCCGUUGCAGUAAAUUGGCUUUCCUUGUUUGAUGUCGCGGAAGAGAUUCGUAAGAAGAAGGUUGCAAAUGACCAAGGAGCCAGUGGUUGGCUACCUGCAAGUAAUUUGCCACAGACAAAUGGUGCUGUUGGGGGCAAUGGCAGUUACGGAUCAUCAACUUGGGGUGCCAAUUCGACAUUGAAUCUUCCACAGAACGAAAUUACUCCUCUGAGAUCCCCUAACAAGGUUGAUAAUGCCACCGGCGAAUCUAACCAAAAAGUUUCUGUAAACACCUGGUUAAGUUUGGAACCUUGUGGUCAAAUGUUGAUCAAUAUCAACUUUGAAAAAUCCAUUACUCAGGGAAAACAAUUCAAAGGACCUCUUGGAAGACACGGUGCUAUUCGUCAAAGGAAGGAGGAAGUAUUUGAACAGCAUGGUCAUCAAUUUGUUCAAAAACAAUUUUACAAUAUUAUGUGUUGUGCUCUUUGUGGUGAAUUCUUGCGUUAUACUGGGUUUCAAUGUCAAGAUUGUAAAUUUUUAUGUCAUAAGAAAUGUUAUCAAAAAGUUGUUACAAAAUGUAUUUCAAAAUCGGGAUCCGAUCAUGAUGCAGCCCAGUUGAAACAUCGUAUUCCUCAUAGGUUUGAGCCUGUCACAAAUCAUGGUACCAAGUGGUGUUGCCACUGUGGAUACUUAUUACCCUGGGGUAAAAAGAAUGCCAGAAAAUGUUCUGAAUGUGGAAUCAUGUGCCAUGCUCAAUGUACUCACUUGGUUCCCGAUUUAUGCGGAAUGUCAUUACAAAUGGCCAAUGAGAUUCUUGCUACAAUCAAGUCGACUAAAGUAUCACCAAAAAAACCAAAGCAAAUUCUGGAAAAAGUUGUCGUUCUGGAAAUGAAGCAAGAGCCUAAUUAUCAGAAUCAAGAAUAUCGAUUGCCCUUACAGCAGGAAAAGCAAUUGCAUGGUCAGCAGCAACAUAAAAAGCCACUACCACCAAAACCAUCCAUUUUGGGCAAGUCGUCUGGAGAAUCUGUGGAAACAUUACGCAAUUCGUCUGAAGAAGAACCGGACGACAACGAUUUCAAUGCAAAACUUCCAACCACGACCCAAAAAUCGUAUCAAGCGCCAAUGGAUAAUUCUUCGCAUACACGUGCCGGUAGACGUCGUCCACCUGUUGAUGAGGAGCUAAAUAGGAAUGAGCACCAAUAUCGUCAUCCAUAUGGAGAGGAGGUGCGUGGUCGUGAGACUAUUGUUGAAACUGAAUCCACUUCAAAUGAUGCUGGUGAUUAUGCUGUAAUUAAUGAAACAUCUUUUAUUGUUAAUGGUGAUAAAAACAAUGGUGCAGAUGAUGCAUUUGGUGACUUUGAUUACAAAAACCAAUUUACUGAGAAUCAAAUUAUUUCUCCUGAAGUUAAAGAUGAGGAAAUUAUCAGCCCCUUUUUGGAUCAAAAAGAUGUUUCACUUCAAACUGAAGGUAAAGGGAAAAUAGAGUCUUUAGACCCAUCAUUACCUGUUCAAAGAGACGAAGAAUACAAGGUGGUCAAACCCCAUCAUAAGCAUCAUCAUCGUGGAAAUUCGGGAGUAACUACUCAUUCAAACAAGUCUUCAUCUGGAAAAUCCAAACGUCGGAAAAGAAAGGUUGGAUUGGAUGAUUUCCAAUUUCUUGCUGUGUUGGGUAAAGGUAAUUUUGGUAAAGUUAUGUUGGCUGAAUCAAGACAUACGUCAAACUUGUGUGCAAUUAAGGUACUAAAGAAAGAUUUCAUUGUUGAAAAUGAUGAAGCUGAAAGUGUGAGAUCAGAAAAACGAGUGUUUUUGACAGCAAAUAAAGAAAUGCAUCCCUUUUUGUUGAAUUUACAUUGUUGUUUCCAAACGGAAAAUAGAAUAUAUUUUGUAAUGGAAUAUAUUUCUGGUGGUGAUUUAAUGUGGCAUAUACAAAAGAAUCGAUUUUCCGCCAAGAGAGCCAAAUUUUAUGCAUGUGAAGUUUUGUUGGGAUUGAAAUAUUUCCAUGAUAAUGGAAUCGUUUAUCGUGAUUUGAAAUUGGACAAUAUCUUGCUAACAACAAAGGGACAUAUCAAGAUUGGUGAUUAUGGAUUAUGUAAAGAAAAUAUGUGGCAUGAAAGUACAACAUCAACUUUUUGUGGUACACCAGAGUUCAUGGCUCCUGAAAUUGUUGCUGGUAAGAAUUAUACUCGAAGUGUCGAUUGGUGGGCAUUUGGUGUUUUGUUAUUUCAAAUGUUACUUUGUCAAUCUCCAUUCAAAGGUGAUGAUGAAGAUGAUAUAUUCAAUGCUAUUGAGCAUGAUGAAGUGAAAUACCCUGUUAGUUUAUCGCGCCAAACGGUACUCGUCUUGCAAGCAUUGUUAACCAAGGAUCCUCAACAACGAUUAGGUAGUAGUGAACGGGAUGCCGAAGAAAUUAUGGAACAUCCAUAUUUCCAAGAUGUUAAUUUUGAUGAUGUUUUGAAAUGUCGUAUACCAGCUCCAUAUAUUCCUGAAGUUAGUUCUGAACAUGAUUAUUCCAAUUUUGAUCAAGAGUUUACUUCGGAGACACCAAGAUUGACCCCUGUGGAAACAGUAUUGACUUCGGAAAUGCAAGAACAAUUUAGAGGAUUUUCGCACAUUUCUGAAACUGCUACCAUUUAG